CCGGAAUGAGCAUGCGCAGAAGCAAGGCGAGCUGGGGGCCGGUACUUAGCCGCAGGCGCAGGCGCAGAAGCCGCAGACCGGUCCUUGGUUCAUUUUCUCGUUUCCUGGCUUCCUUCACCUUCUUCCCGGACCCUGGUUACGGCCGCAGGUGACCUUCACCCCAGUCCCCAAGUGGGCGGGUGACAGGCAACUAUGGAAAAUGCUCAAGGUACUAACCAAAACAUGACUGAGAAGUCUCCUCCAGCUGAGAUGGGAACUGAGAAUAUCAUUCAACCAGUGACUCAGGACCAAGGGCAACUCCUUUUUCAUGAGGAAACCAUUGAUCUUGGUGGAGAUGAAUUUGGGUCUGAAGAGAAUGAGACCAUAUCAGAAGAUUCUAGUAAUUUCAUUGAUAAGCUUAAUGAACACAUGAUGGAGAGUGUCCUCAUUUCUGACUCUCCUAAUAAUAGUGAAGAUGAUGUGGGUGACCUUGGUUGUUUGCAGGAGGUUGUAGAACCUAUAGAAGGCAAAGCUGAUCAAGGACUGGAAAAUACCAUAGAUGAAGAAACCGAUACUCUGAGUAAUGACAGUGAAACUGAUCGUGAUGAUACACCUAAGGAUGUCUCUGACAUGACCUCUGAUAGCAGAACCUCUUUGAAAGAAGACCCAACACAAGAAGUAAUUAAAGGUAUGCCCAUAUUUGAAAAUGAAGAUGCACUGGACUCAGCCCCAAGUGAUGAAAAAACUAAUCCAGAAGAGCAGGUAUCAGAAAUAUCUUCUAGUCAGUCUUCUAAAGAUGAGCCUAUCCCUGUGUGUACCAUUUUCAGCCAAUCAAAUACAACUAAUUCCCAGCCUCAUUUGUUUCUUCAUGAUGGCUUUGAGUCUCAGAUGGUAAAAUCUCCUAGUUUCAGCAGUGCAAGUGAAACUUCAGCCAAGACACCCCCUCAGGUGGUUCAGCCAAGUCCCAGCCUGAGUAAAUUUUUUGGAGAGACGACCAAUACAAAUUCCUUGGCUUCAGACUUCUUUGAUUCAUUUACUACUUCCACUUUCAUUUCUGUCAGUAAUCCUAAUGCAGGCUCUUCAGUUCCAGAAAAAUUGUCUUCACUCACUACUCCAGUGGGAGAUAAAUCUCCCAAUUCUGCUGAUCCUUCUUACUCUGCAGGGAUAGAAAGCUCAGAAUUGGGUGUUUCUACAGCUUCUGCAGAAAUUCCUCAGUCUCCAAAACCAUUUUCACAGAUACAGACUGUGUUUGCAGGAAGUGAUGACCCCUUUGCCACAGCCCUGAACAUGAGUGAAAUGGACCGAAGAAAUGAUGCAUGGCUUCCUAGCGAGGGAACCAAGAAUGUUUUGAUUUCAGUAGCUACCCAACAGUAUAGCACAGUGUUCAUAGACAAAGAGAAUCUCACCAUGCCAGGCUUAAAGUUUGACAACAUUCAGGGAGAUGCAGUUAAAGACUUAAUGCUUCGCUUCCUGGGUGAACAAGCUGCAGCAAAAAGACAAGUCUUAAAGGCCAACUCAGUAGAACAAUCUUUUGUUGGAUUGAAACAGCUAAUUAACAGCAAAAACUGGAGGGCAGCAGUUGACCUGUGUGGACGCCUCCUUACAGCCCAUGGUCAAGGCUAUGGCAAGAGUGGGCUGCCUACCAGUCAUACGACAGAUUCACUGCAGCUUUGGUUUGUGAGACUGGCACUGCUGGUGAAGUUGGGCCUUUUCCAGAAUGCUGAAAUGGAAUUUGAACCCUUUGGAAAUCUAGAUAAGCCAGAUCUUUAUUAUGAAUACUAUCCUCAUGUAUAUCCUGGACGUAGGGGCUCAAUGGUUCCUUUUUCAAUGCGAAUUUUGCAUGCAGAACUUCAGCAGUAUCUGGGGAAUCCCCAGGAGUCACUUGAUAGACUGCACAGAAUGAAAACCAUCUGCAACAAGAUCCUAACAAAUUUGGAACAAGGCUUAGCAGAAGAUGGGAGCAUGAGUAACAUUACGCAAGAGAACAGACAAGCCUCUAUUCAGCUGUGGAGGUCACGUCUGGGCCGGGUGAUGUACUCUAUGGCAAACUGUCUGCUAAUGAUGAAGGAUUACGUGCUUGCUGUGGAGGCAUAUCAUUCCAUUAUCAAAUACUACCCAGAACAGGAGCCUCAGCUGCUGAGUGGAAUUGGACGGAUUUUCCUUCAGAUUGGAGACAUAAAAACAGCUGAAAAGUAUUUUCAAGAUGUUGAGAAAGUCACACAGAAAUUGGAUGGACUACAGGGUAAAAUAAUGGUUUUAAUGAACAGAGCUUUCCUUCACCUCGGUCAGAAUAACUUUGCAGAAGCCCACAAAUUCUUCACAGAAAUUUUAAGGAUUGAACCAACAAAUGCUGUGGCUAACAACAAUGCUGCUGUGUGUCUGCUUUAUCUGGGGAAACUGAAAGAUUCCCUCCGGCAGCUGGAAGCAAUGGUUCAGCAGGACCCCCAGCACUACCUGCACGAGAGUGUGCUUUUCAAUUUGACAACCAUGUAUGAGCUGGAGUCAUCCCGGAGUAUGCAGAAGAAGCAGUCUCUGCUCGAGGCGGUCGCUGCCAAAGAAGGGGACAGCUUUAACACGCAGUGUCUCAAGUUAGCCUAGAUCAUUUAAUUGUGUCAAGUCCCUUCCUGAAUGAGUAGGUGUUUUGUAAACUGUAUAUAUUGGAGCUAAUAUAUUAAUGUGACUCUGAUUCAAUAAAAUCUCUUUCAUUGCUGUUGGGAAAAGCAUCUUCUUGAUCAUGAGCCACGAAACAGGCUUAGACUGUCCUGGCAGUUUGUUGAACUUUAGCCAGCUUAAUCCCUGAAGCUUUGCCACUAUUGAUGAAUAAAAGGGAGUAAACAUACUAUUAGAAUGGUGUUCAUAGAUAGAGAAAAUCCAUAUUAUGCAUUGGAUCCCUUUUGUUUAUUCUCAGAAGCUAGCCUGCUUCGUUUAUUAAUUCCUGAAUAUCCUCAGAGAAAAGCUGAGAAAUGUAAUAAACCAUUCUCACUGUAUCCCUAAAUGUUCUAGAGGAUUUAUAAAUAAUGGAAGAGGAAAAUCAAACAUAGAUUGCCAUUCAUCUUCUACCUUUCAUUGCCUCCUCCCAUACCCCAAAACUAAGUGCAUCAAUUUUGUUCAUCUGAUUGUUUUUCAGCCUUCUGCUGAAAACCUUGGACAAGCCUUGUGAUGGGUGAAAGAAUCCAUCAUUUC